AUGGUGGAGAUUAAGGAUGAGGAAGCUUUCUACUGUACUUGUGUUUACGCAAAUAACCAAGUUGAAGAUCGAAGAGGGCUGUGGGAAGAUCUGAUCCAUCAUCACAGUUCUCCUACUUUCAAGAAUAAUGCGUGGAUGAUAAUGGGUGAUUUCAACGAAAUUUUGGAAGGCAAUGAAAGCUCGAGGUUCGUUGAUACGGGUAGAGUUCCGUCUGGGAUGAGGGACUUUCAGAGUGUAGUUCUGCAAUGUCACCUUGUUGAUAUGACCUAUCAAGGGCCACAAUACACAUGGUUUAAUAAAAGAGAGGUGGGAGUAAUAUGUAAGAAGUUGGACAGAGUCUUAUUGAAUGAAGAGGCUGUACUACGGUUUCAAAAUGCGUAUUCUGUCUUUGAGCCUGGAGGUUGUUCGGAUCAUAUGAGAUGCAAUAUUCAAUUGCUGCCUAAGUCUGAGGUGAUCAAAAGGCCAUUCAAGUAUGUCAACUCUAUGAGUAGUAUCUCGUCUUUUUUGCCGAUGGUUAAAGAUUAUUGGGACUCUACUGUGGGUUUGUUCCACUCUACCUCUGCAAUGUAUAGAUUUUCAAAGAAGUUGAAGAAUCUGAAGCCGCUGAUCAGAGAGUUAGCUCGGGAGAAGUUGGGUAACUUGACUAAGAGAACUAAAGACGCUUAUGGAUUACUAUGUGAGAAGAUAAAGGCUACAUUAGCUUGUCCAAGUGAGACUACCAUUAAAGAAGAGACUUUCCAUCGUGCUAUUAGAUCGAGGCAAGCUCAGAACUUGAUUAGAGAAAUCCGAUGUCCAGAUGGGAACGUUGUUAACACUCAUGAGGAAGUUAAGAAGGAGGCAGAAAGAUUUUUCAAGGAGUUCCUGAAUAAGUGUCCAUCGAAUUACCAAGGUACAACAGUGGAGGAAUUGCGAGAUUUGCAUACUUUUAGAUGUACUCCUGAGGAUUGUGGAUUACUAGAAGCGGAGGUCACUGAUGAGGAAGUUCUAAGGGUUCUGUUUGCUAUGCCAAACAAUAAAUCUCCCGGGCCAGAUGGCUUCCCUGCAGAGUUCUUCAAGACUACAUGGCCAGUUCUGAGUAAAGAUUUCAUCGUUUCGAAGCUUGACUCUCUUGAGAUGAAGGACUUUCGACCCAUAGCGUGUUGUAACGUCCUCUACAAAGUGGUUUCUAAGAUAUUGGCUAACCGUUUGAAGCAGGUUCUACCUCGUAUCAUUCAGGAGAAUCAGUCAGCGUUUGUUCAAGGUAGAUUACUUAUGGAGAAUGUCUUACUCACUUCUGAGCUUGUCAAAGAUUACCACAAAGACACGGUCAGCCCCAGGUGCGUUAUGAAAAUAGACAUCUCCAAAGCUUUCAACUCGGUACAGUGGUCUUUUGUGUUGGAAAGCUUGCAAGCAUUGGGGUUUCCUGUGAAUUUUAUUCACUGGAUUAAGCUCUGUAUCACCAGUCCUUCCUUCUCGGUUCAAAUAAAUGGGGACUUGGCGGGCUAUUUUCAAAGUUCAAGAGGUCUCCGCCAGGGCUGCUCUCUCUCUCCGUACUUAUUUGUUCUUUGUAUGAAUGUACUCUCACUGAAGUUGGACAGAGCAAUGGCUGAGAGGAGAUUUAAGGUUCAUCCGGGUUGUAAGAAGCUAUCUCUCACUCAUCUCUGCUUUGCGGAUGACUUAAUGGUAUUUGUAGAAGGCUCUAAGGAUUCUAUACAGGGUGCUUUCUCAGUAUUUGAAGAAUUUGAAGUUUGGUCUGGGUUAAGCAUAAGUGUGGAGAAGUCUACAAUUUAUAUGGCUGGUAUAACAACUGAGGAGAAGAGUAAUAUCUUGACUAACUUCAAGUUUGCUGAAGGAGAACUUCCGGUGCGUUACUUGGGACUACCAUUGAUGACUCAAGCUAUGAGAACCCAAGACUACUCUCCCCUGCUAGAGCAUGUUCGUAAUAAAAUAAAUACUUGGACUUGUCGGUACCUAUCUUAUGCAGGGAGACUCCAGCUCAUAAGCUCUGUGAUCAUCAGUAUUGUAAAUUUUUGGAUAGCUGUGUUUCGUAUUCCCUGUAGCUGUAUAAGGGAGGUGGAGAAAAUCUGUUCAGCUUUCUUAUGGACUUGUCCAGUGCUCAAGUCUUCUAAUGCUAAGGUAGCUUGGAAGGAGGUAAGCUGUCUGAAGUGUGAAGGAGGUCUUGGGAUACGUGACUUGAGGGAAGUGAAUAAGGUCUAUGGGCUUAAGUUGAUAUGGAGAUUGCUAUCUGGGGAUUCUUUAUGGGGCAAGUGGAUUCAUGCUAACCUACUGAAAGGGAAGAGUUUUUGGGUAGUGAAGUCUAAUCCGCAAGUGGGGUCGUGGAUGUGGCGGAAAAUGUUGAAACUAAGAGAAGUGGCUAAACUGUUUUAUAAGAAGGAGCUCGGGAAUGGAAGACACACUUCAUUCUGGUAUGAUCACUGGUCUGAGAAAGGGGUGCUUCACGACUUGUUAGGAGAUAGAGGAGUUAUUGAUCUGGGUAUAGGGAAAGAUGAGUCUGUGGAGGAUGCUCUGUUGAGUAGUAGGAGAAGAAGAAAACAUCGUGUAAGUAUCCUCAAUGAUCUUGAGGAAGAGAUGAGAAACACCAGAAGCAUGCUUGAUCCAGAAGGUAAAGAUGUGAGUAUUUGGAAAGGGAAAUCGGCUUACAAACAGAAGUUUUCUACUCAAGAAACUUGGAAGCAGGUGAGAGUUGGAAAUCCUUUUUGUGUUUGGGCAAGUGGAGUGUGGUUCUCUCAUGCUACUCCUAAAUUUGCGUUCAUGGCGUGGUUGGCUUCAAGGGACAGACUAUCUACAAUGGAUAGAGUAGUAAAGUGGAGUCAUGGUGUUGAUACCACUUGUGUUCUCUGCAAUGCUGCGCAGGAAUCGAGAGAUCAUCUCUUUUUUGAGUGUCAAUAUACGGCUCGAGUUUGGGAGUUUAUUGUGAAAGGGAUCUUGGGUAGUUCAUAUACGAAUCAGUGGUCAGAGAUCAUGGUUCUCAUAACAGAUUCGUCGAGGGAAAGGAAGAGUCUGUUCUGUCUAAGAUAUUCUUUUCAAGCAGUACUUUAUGGUGUGUGGAGAGAAAGAAAUAAGGUCAGGCACGGUGAUCGGAUGAUGCAUGUUCCUAUUCUUCAAAGAUUGAUUGAGAAGAGCAUUAGAAACAAGAUUAGUGUUCUGCGCAAAAAGGGGAUAAAGGGAAUGGAGAUGAUGAUGCAAUAUUGGUUUCUAAAUAGGAUGUAA